CUCAGCUCUCCACCAGCCAACAUCACCACUCCCAGCAUCGUCACUCCCAUCGUCAACGGCUUCACGGGUAUCCCCCACCAUCAGCCCAACGGACAUCCCACCGUGGAGACCAUGUACACCAAUGGUCUCUCGCCCUACACCACCCAGAGCCCCACCGCCGCAGACACCCUCCAGCAAGCCUUCACCGGAGUACAGCAAUACACAGGUAUUGUACACAGGAUACACAUCUAGAAGUAGAGCAAUACAGAGUACAGGUACUGUGCAUGCUGGCCUGAGCCCUUAAGCCCUGGCCCAGACUGAGAGCGAUGUGCACUAAUAUGGUGCAGGAGUAAAAUCAGGGACGUUUUUGUGUACCAUGGAAAUCAAUGCCUUCCAAGCAGCAGAAUGGCUACUGUAUCUUUAUAAGUUCAUGUUAUUUUGCAAUGCAACAUUGAGUGACAAAACUACAUAACUGACAGCAUACACACAGCAUAACUGACCGAAAACAAGAGAGAUACUGUAUUAAGUGGUAUAGAGAUCUAUACGAGAUAUACCAAUACAAAAUUGUGUGCAUGAAACUUUGUGUGUGUGUGUGUGUGUGUGUGUGUGUGUGUGUGUGUGUGUAUUACAGCUAUCUACCCAGCAGGCACACUGACUCCCAUAGGCCAGACUCUUCCUCAGCCAUCACAGGGCAUCCAGCAGCAGCAACAGAGAGAAGGUGAGGGUGAGAGAACAAUAUUAUAUUUUACAAUGCUAUUAUAAAUAUUCACUUUUAUUGCUUUAUUGUCAUAUUGCUAUAUUGCAUUUUACAGGUUUAAGAGUAUUAUGUUAAAUACAAAUGCAUUUCAUAUUUUGGUAUUACACUUUCCUAGUAAUAUUGUCUAGGUGUUAUAAUGCAGUGAUUAAAUGUUCCCAUUUUGGAAAUAAAAGUGUUACAUAGUACUGUGUACGCAUAAUGGUAUUAUCUGGGGCAAAGAUAAAAUAAUCAAUCAUCAUCAUCUGCAUGUGAUGCAGUCUUGACUUUGACUUUAACCUUUACCUAAAUGUAGACUACAUGGAGAUUACAUUUGACCAUCUAAUGGCUGAUUGCAUUGUGUAAUCCAUUGACUGUGUUCAAACACAUGUAUUGUCACAUCCCAAUCUGCUUAGUUGAUUAUGAUGACAACCGUGUGUAAUGUAUUGUCAUUUUGGAUUCACUAUUUCUAAAUCAUUACCAGUCUGUUUUUCCUCAAAUACAGUGCCUUCGGAAAGUAUUCAGGCCCCUUGACUUUUUCAAUAUUUAGUUACGUUACAGCCUUAUUCUGAAAUUGAUUACAUUCCUUUUUUUCCUCAUCAAUCUACUCACAAUACCCCAUAAUGACAAAACGAAAACAGGUUUUUAGAAAUUGUAUCAAAUUUAUAAAAUAAAACAGAAAUACCUUAUUUACUUAAGUAUUCAGACCCUUUGCUAUGAGACUCAAAAUUGAGCUCAGAUGCAUCCUGUUUCCAUUGAUCAUCCUUCAGAUGUUUCAACAACUUCAUUGGAGUCCACCAGUGGUACAUGCAAUUGAUUGGACAUGAUUUGGAAAGGCACACACCGGUCUAUAUAAGGUCCCACAGUUGACAGUGCAUGUCAGAGCAAAAAUAAAGCCAUGAGGUCGAAGGAAUUGUCCGUAGAGCUCAGAGACAGGAUUGUGUCGAGGCACAGAUCUGGGGAAGGGUACCAACAAUUUCUGCAGCAUUGAAGGUCCCCAAGAACACAGUGGCCUCCAUCAUUCUUAAAUGGAAGAAGUUUGGAACCACCAAGACUCUUCCUAGAGCUGGCCCCCCGGCCAAACUGAGGGGUAAAGGGCAUUGGUUAGGGAGGUGACCAAGAACCCGAUGGUCACUCUGACAGAGCUCCAGAGUUCCUCUGUUGAGAUGGGAGACCCUUCCAGAAGGAUAACCAUCUCUGCAGCACUCCACCAAUCAGGUCUUUAUGGUAGAGUGGCCAGACGGAAGCCACUCCUCAGUAAAAGGCACAUGACAUCCCGCUUGGAGUUUGCCAAAAGGCACCUAAAGGACUCUGACCAUGAGAAACAAGAUUCUCUGCUCUGAUGAAACCAAGAUGUACCUUUUUGGCCUGAAUGCCAAGCGUCAUGUCUGGAGGAAACCUGGCACCAUCCCUACGGUGAAGCAUGGUGGUGGCAGCAUCAUGCUGUGGGGAUGUUUUUCUCACUGCAGGGACUGGGAGACUAGUCAGGAUCGAGGGAAAGAUGAACGGAGCAAAGUACAGAGAGACCCUUGAUGAAAACCUGCUCCAGAGCGCUCAUGACCUCAGACUGGGGCGAAUGUUCACCUUCCAACAGGACAACGACCAUAAGCACACUGCCAUGACCACGCAGGAGUGGCUUCGGGAUAAGUCUCUGAAUGUCCUUGAGUGGCCCAGCCAGAGCCCGGACUUGAACCAGAUCGAACAUCUAUGGAGAGACCAGAAAAUAGCUGUGCAGCAACGCUCCCCAUCCAACCUGACAGAGCUUGAGAGGAUCUGCAGAGAAGAAUGGGAGAAACUCCCCAAAUACACAUGUGCCAAGCUUGUAGCGUCAUACCCAAGAAGACUUGAGGCCGUAAUUGCUGCCAAAGGUGCUUCAACAAAAUACUGAGUAAAGGUUCUGAAUACUUAUGGGUUUUUGCAAAAGAAAAUGCACACCUGUUUUUGCUUUGUCAUUAUGGGGCAUUGUGUGUAGAUUGAUGAGGGAAAAAAGCAAUUUAAUCAAUUUUAGAAUAAGGCUGUAACGUAACAAAAUGUGGAAAAAGUCAAGGGGUCUGAAUACUUUCCGAACGCACUGUAAAUAUGCAUAUAUUAUUAUUAUGUACAGUUGUGGUCAAAAGUUUUGAGAAUGACACAAUUAUUGGUCUUCACAAAGUUUGCUGCUUCAGUGUUUUUAGAUAUUUUUGUGAGAUGUUACUUUGGUAUACUGAAGUAUAAUUACAAGCAUUCCAUUAUGCAAAGAGUCAAUAUUUGCAGUGUUGACCCUUCUUUUUUAAGACCUCUGCAAUCCGCCCUGGCAUGCUGUCAAUUAACAUCUGGGCCACAUCCUGACUGAUGGCAGCCCAUUCUUGCAUAAUCAAUGCUUGGAGUUUGUCAGAAUUUGUGGGUUUUUGUUUGUCUACCCGCCUCUUGAGGAUUGACCACAAAUUCUAAAAUGGGAUUAAGGUCUGGGGAGUUUCCUGGCCAUGGACCCAAAAUGUCGAUGUUUUGUUCCCCGAGCCACUUAGUUAUCACUUUUGCCUUAUGGCAAGGUGCUCCAUCAUGCUGGAAAAGGCAUUGUUCGUCAUCAAACUGUUCUUGGAUGGUUGGGAGAAGUUGCUCUCGGAGGAUGUGUUGGUACCAUUCUUUGUUCAUGGCUGUGUUCUUAGGCAAAAUUGUGAGUGAGCCCACUCCCUUGGCUGAGAAGCAACCCCACACAUGAAUGGUCUCAGGAUACUUUACUGUUGGCAUGACACAGGACUGAUGGUAGCGCUCACCUUGUCUUCUCCGGACAAGCUUUUUUCCGGAUGCACCAAACAAUCGGAAAGGGUAUUCAUCAGAGAAAAUGACUUUACCCCAGUCCUCAGCAGUCCAAACCCCUUACCUUUUGCAGAAUAUCAGUCUGUCCCUGAUGUUUUUCCUGUAGAGAAGUGGCUUCCUCGCUGCCCUUCUUGACACCAGGCCAUCCUCCAAAAGUCUUUGUCUCACUGUGCGUGCAGAUGCACUCACAACUGCCUGCUGCCAUUCCUGAGCAAGCUCUGCACUGGUGGUGCCCCGAUCCCGCAGCUGAAUCAACUUUAGGAGACAGUCCUGGCGCUUGCUGGACUUUCUUGGGCGCCCUGACGCCUUCUUCUCAACAAUUGAACCUCUCUCCUUGAAGUUCUUGAUGAUCCGAUAAAUGGUUGAUUUAGGUGCAAUCUUACUAGCAGCAAUAUCCUUGCCUGUGAAGCCCUUUUUGUGCAAAGCGAUGAUGACGGCACGUGUUUCCUUGCAGGUAACCAUGGUUAACAGAGGAAGAACAAUGAUUUCAAGCACCACCCUCCUUUUAAAGCUUCCAGUCUGUUAUUGUAACUCAAUCAGCAUGACAGAGUGAUCUCCAGCCUUGUCCUCGUCAACACUCUCACCUGUGUUAACGAGAGAAUCACUGACAUGAUGGCAGCUGGUCCUUUUGUGGCAGGGCUGAAAUGCAGUGGAAAUGUUUUUUUUGUGAUUAAGUUCAUUUUCAUGGCAAAGAGGGACUUUGCAAUGAAUUGCAAUUCAUCUGAUCACUCUUCAUAACAUUCUGGAGUAUAUGCAAAUUGCCAUCAUAAAAACUGAGGCAGCAAACUCUGUGAAAAUUAAUAUUUGUGUCAUUCUCAAAACUUUUGACCACGACUGUAGGCCUUUGUCUUGAUUAGUAGUCUGAUUUCGAACAUUGUUUGACUAGAUUAGAUGCUUGAAUGACGGCUUAAUGCUGCCUCUGAACAUCUCCAUAAAAACAAAUCAUCAAGUCGCCACCUCAGUGAUGUCAUGGCGCCACACCAUGCAAAAUGAAAUCAAAGAUGGAAAAUGCACAAUUUGUAUUGGUGGUGGUAAGCACAGUGUUGUUGUUAUUUAUAGAUACUGUUACAGAACACCUAACAAAUGUAUUUCUUUGCCACUCCAUUAGUUGUGCUCCUCAGAUCUGGUCCCUGACCAAAUCAGACGCAACGGGUCUGCAGGCAGUGAUAAAUAAAGCAGUAAAUAGGUCUGAUUGUGGUUUCCAUGGUUUAUGUGUGUUCGCAGGGCCCGAGGGCUGUAACCUGUUCAUCUACCACCUGCCACAGGAGUUUGGAGAUAAUGAACUCAUGCAGAUGUUUCUACCUUUCGGGAGCGUCAUCUCCUCCAAGGUCUUCAUGGACCGAGCCACCAACCAGAGCAAAUGUUUCGGUGAGUUUUUGCGAUGUAGAGUAGUUUUAUAGCACAGGAGGUUGGUGGCACCUUAAUUGGGGAGAACAAGCUCGUGGUAAUGACUGGAGCGGAAUUAUUAGAAUGGUAUCAAAUACGCCAAACACAUGGUUUCCAUGUGUUUUAUGCCAUUCCAUUCGCUCAGUUCCAGCCAUUAUUGUGAGCCGUCCUCCCCUCAGCAACCUCCACUGUUUUAUAGGUGGUUAUAUAGUGGUGGUCUAUGUUUGAUCUGUCGACCAAUCAAUUAAAGACAGUUUCAUGUAUCGCAAACAAGGCAAUGAUAGUAUGAUUCCUGUGCUAUUUCAACAAAAGUAAACUUUUACAUUAAACAAAUUGGUAGCCUAUAAUCCCCUUGUUAUCUCAGUGGGGAUGUCCUCAGAGCUUGAAAAGCUUUUAGCUAUCUGUUCACAACGAAGCUAGGGAAUAGCAUGUAUGUAGCCACAGCAUCCAGAUCACCGCUCUGUAACCCCAAUACCUGUCAAUACCCAGGGUGCACUGGGGCUGAUUCACACCCCAACCUGGCUCUGGUCCCACUUGGCACUGGUCUUACUUGGCUCCAUAGACCAGACCUGCAUUUGGGCUUGAAAAAAAAAGUAUGGAUGAAGGGAGGGGAGAGAAAAAAUUAGGCAAAGGACAAUUAUAGAUCAGCGUUUGUUUUCACUUCAGGGAGCUGCACAUCCCUGGGUAAAAUUGAUUGCUGCCCUGCUCUCAGGGCGGACUUAAUGACAUAUGCAUUCAUAAAAGAAGACCUAUUUGCAGUAUUGACUAAUACACUAUGUAUUUACAACAUAAUGUUAGGUCUGGUGACAGGACUGCUUUGUAGGGUAAUUAAUCUAGAAAGCAGGGAGAGGGUUAAACCCAGGCUGAUGGUGCAGGUGACAUGGAGAGCUCACCUUAAAGGAGGUUUAAGUCCACAUCCUUCCCUGUUAUCUGUGGCACGGCCGGCCCGGGGCCCUCCUUUCAUCCUCUCCUCCUCCCUCUCUCCCCCCUAACCCUUCUCCCUAAUGGGGCAGCAUAGGCAGACACUUCACCUCCCAGGUGGCAGGAGACCUGGGGAGGCUCCUGCUGUUUUUCAUGGGUCAUCGACUGUUCCUAAUGACACUCUAGACACUGGGGAGUGCAUCAACCGGAGCUACACUCCACUAGUUUCUGGUCACUGACUUUCAAGGCUUUCUUUUUUACACUUGAUGGAAACAGGAUGCUCAGCAUGAGUUUGGGCUUGAGGGUCUGGGGCCGUACGCAUGUGCUUCUGCGUCGGCCUGUCUCUCCGUGUUCAUCUGUGUGGGCUCUGCUUUGCUGUGCAAGUGGCAGAGCCAUAAAUGCAUGCUCAUUGAUAUAUAUUCAAGGGUGUUUGAGAGUGUUUGCACAAAGCUACAUCGAGAAGCAAAAUUGUUCAAAUGACAGAAAUGGUUAUACAGUGGGGAAAAAAAGUAUUUAGUCAGCCACCAAUUGUGCAAGUUCUCCCACUAAAAAGAUGAGAGAGGCCUGUAAUUUUCAUCAUAGGUACACGUCAACUAUGACAGACAAAAUGAGAAAAGAAAUUCCAGAAAAAUCACAUUGGUAGGAUUUGUAAUGAAUUUAUUUUGCAAAUUAUGGUGGAAAAUAAGUAUUUGGUCAAUAACAAAAGUUUCCUCAAUACUUUGUUAUAUACCCUUUGUUGGCAAUGACACAGGUCAAAAACGUUUUCCUGUAAGUCUUCACAAGGUUUUCACAACACUGGUUGCUGGUAUUUUUGGCCCAUUCCUCCAUGCAGAUCUCCUCUAGAGCAGUGAUGUUUUGGGGCUGUCGCUGGGCAACACGGAUUUUCAACUCCCUCCAAAGAUUUUCUAUGGGGUUGAGAUCUGGAGACUGGCUAGGCCACUCCAGGACCUUGAAAUGCUUCUUACGAAGCCACUCCUUCGUUGCCCGGGCGGUGUGUUUGGGAUCAUUGUCAUGCUGAAAGACCCAGCCACGUUUCAUCUUCAAUGCCCUUGCUGAUGGAAGGAGGUUUUCACUCAAAAUCUCACGAUACAUGGCCCCCAUUCAUUCUUUCCUUUACACGGAUCAGUCGUCCUGGUCCCUUUGCAGAAAAACAGCCCCAAAGCAUGAUGUUUCCACCCCCAUGCUUCACAGUAGGUAUGGUGUUCUUGGGAUGCAACUCAGCAUUCUUUGUCCUCCAAACACGACGAGUUGAGUUUUUACCAAAAAGUUAUAUUUUGGUUUCAUCUGACCAUAUGACAUUCUCCCAAUCCUCUUCUGGAUCAUCCAAAUGCACUCUAGCAAACUUCAGACGGGUCUGGACAUGUACUGGCUUAAGCAGGGGGCCACAGCAGGAUUUGAGUCCCUGGCGGCGUAGUGUGUUACUGAUGGUAGGCUUUGUUACUUUGGUCCCAGCUCUCUGCAGGUCAUUCACUAGGUCCCCCCGUGUGGUUCUGGGAUUUUUGCUCACCGUUCUUGUGAUCAUUUUGACCCCACGGGGUGAGAUCUUGCAUGGAGCCCCAGAUCGAGGGAGAUUAUCAGUGGUGUUGUAUGUCUUCCAUUUCCUAAUAAUUGCUCCCACAGUUGAUUUCAUCAAACCAAGCUGCUUACCUAUUGCAGAUUCAGUCUUCCCAGCCUGGUGCAGGUCUACAAUUUUGUUUCUGGUGUCCUUUGACAGCUCUUUGGUCUUGGCCAUAGUGGAGUUUGGAGUGUGACUGUUUGAGGUUGUGGACAGGUGUCUUUUAUACUGAUAACAAGUUCAAACAGGUGCCAUUAAUACAGGUAACGAGGGGAGGACAGAGGAGCCUCUUAAAGAAGAAGUUACAGGUCUGUGAGAGCCAGAAAUCUUGCUUGUUUGUAGGUGACCAAAUACUUAUUUUCCACCAUAAUUUGCAAAUAAAUUCAUAAAAAAUCCUACAAUGUGAUUUUCUGGAUUUUAUUUUCUCAAUUUGUCUGUCAUAGUUGACGUGUACCUAUGAUGAAAAUUACAGGCAUCUCUCAUCUUUUUAAGUGGGAGAACUUGCACAAUUGGUGGCUGACUAAAUACUUUUUUUCCCCACUGUAUAUUGUUCAAUAUUGUUCAACAUUACUUUGGUUCCCAUCAAAAUAAGCACUUUGAUAUAUGAAAUAGUCAAAGCAUAAUGGUAUUAGAUUGAGCAAGGGCAUUGUCUGAAAUCCUUUCUCUGUUUCCUCAUAAUUCAAUCAUAAUUUGGCUACAUUUUCGUAUAAUAUGGUUUUGGUUUUUAGGUUUAUACACUUUGUGUCUUUUUUCCUAGGGUUUGUGAGCUUCGACAACCCAGCUAGCGCGCAGGCAGCUAUUCAAGCCAUGAAUGGCUUUCAGAUUGGAAUGAAGAGGUUGAAAGUCCAGUUAAAACGACCAAAGGAUGCCAGCCGUCCUUACUGACACAACCUAGCCAUCAGUAUUCACUGCAACAGCACAGGUAAGCCCAGUGGACUUUCUUAUAGACUCAGACUGUUAGAAUGCCUGUCAACUAGAAAUGGGAAAAUCUAUCAUCAUGAUAGACAAAGAUUGAUUGAAUUGCAAAUGUGGGCUGGCUUUCUCCAAACCAUCACACUGAUAUAAUGGGCAUAAUUGAAUAAUUACAAAUAACUGUAAAAUCUAUACAUCAAAAAAUGUCAUCUACAUUUCAAAAUAACUUCAAAACAAAGUAAGCUAGAUCUAAACAUGGUUUGAUAUUUGUCUUCUAGGUUUUGAGAAAACUGAAGAUAUCUUGGAGGAGUUCAACUUUUUUCUUUGAAAACAACAAAAAAAUGUUUUAAAAAACAUCAACACAAGGAAUUUUUGAAGACAUAUCAGCAUUUACUUAUGAAGAAGACGUAGGCUACUGCAGCGAUAGAAGGAGGUGUGGAGUUAGCAGAAACUACACCGAAGGACUUCAACAACAACGCAACAAACCAUACAGUGCAAGACAGACUAGAGAAGUAGAAAACUCAAAAAAGAUGUGAAACUCUUAACAACAGAACUUUUCUUGUUGAGACUUGAAUUGUUAAUUAAGCAACAAACAAACAAAAAGCAGCAACAACAAAUAGAUUUAUAUAUACGUAUUAUAUACACACACACAUAUAUAUAUAUAUAUAUAUAUAUAUAUAUAUAUAUAUAUAUAUAUAUAUAUAUAUAUAUAUAUAUAAAGAAAGAGGCGCUUGUGGCUUUUACUAUACUGGACAAAUGAGGGUUAAAAGUGGUAAAAAGAAGCUAUUCUGUCCCACUGAUGGACUUUCUCUAAUUCUCUCUCUGUCUCU